UAGAUUUAUCAAUGUCCUACUGUCAUACAGCAUGUCGUAUUCUGUGUUUGUUCGUGAAGUAGACAUACUUAUGAACUGCCUGUAAAAGCAAAGACUGUUUUGGUUAUGUUGUUGUGUAUGACUAGCUUACAUCCCUGACCCUCCCUCUCGUCACAUCCUGGCAGUCUGAGGUCAGAUACACUUCCUUGUUUCUUGAUUGUGUGUCGCCUUGGCUAACACUGUCACACUGUCAUCGACGAACAUCAUGGAGGCCAACACUCUCUACAUUGUCCUGGCUCUCUGCUCACUGGGUCAUGGGUCUGAUCUGAUUCCGAUGUGUUCCAACCGGUAUGCCAACCACUCGGACUUCCCCGUCUUAUUGUACAUGGAAGGGGAUGCCAAUUCAAGUGCUCCUGUUUGCUCCUGUGAACUUCAAUCAGACAGUGAUUUCUAUGUCACAUUAAAGACCUUCAGGCCAACCAGGAAAAAUCUGGGAACUGGAAGCUUCAUCAUCCACAUGACAACUACCACCAUGUCCAGCAUGACAAAUGCAACCAAUCCCAUCAUGUCGACAUACGGCCUAGACUUGUCUACUAUGCACAAUGAUCAGGGUAGAUCCGACUGUUUGCUACAGAUGGGAGACAACACAUCACAAACCUGCUUGUUGAGUAACAAAUCAGCUAAAGGAAAUAUCACCCUGCAGACCCCUAACAACUUGUCGCAUGACGGACAUCUGUAUCUCGGCGUGUAUGGUACAGGUAGUAUUCAGUUCUGCUGUCAGCCCAAAAACUCUUUCCUGAACAACAGCUUCGAAAUAUUAAACUUAAAGACAAACAACAGGGUAGGUAACACAACUUCACCUCCAGGAGCUGCACCAAGAGCACAUGAAACAGUGAUGACUGCAGCGAUCGUCGUGUUGGGUAUUGGUUGUGUUGUCAUGGGAAUGGCCAUAGGCUGGCUCAGCCACAGGAAUAAACAGUUAUCUGAGAAAAGACACAAGAGAGCUCGGAUGAAAGCAUCAACUCACACAGACUGGCAACCUGAAGCUGAAAGCCACUAUGAAGAGAUGGAUGAAGAUCUGACAAAAACAGGAAAUAUGCAAUCCACUUCAGAAAAUGUGCAACAACUUGACACUAAAGCCUAUGAACUGGCCAAGGCCCCAGUUCCCUUGUGUGGUCCCUGUAACAAGGUCAGUGACCAGGACGACAGCCUGUACGAUAUUGCCAGUGAUCCCAACAGUGUGAGCAAAGUUUUAGCACCAUCAGGAACUGUUGACAAAAAGGAUGGUGCAUAUGACACAAGUACACCAACCAGACAACAUGCUCACAUGGCUGUUGAUAGCAUCUACGACAAAACUGUCUUCAGUGCAGAUUCCAAUACACCUGUUCCAGCGUCUGAUAAUGGUGACAAUGUUCCAGUGUCAGAUUAUGGUGAUGAACAGAGUCCAACUUCUUUUGUGCCAAGUUCCAUGUCAACAAGAGGUGAUGUCAGCAGUGUACUUCCCAGUGUUUCUGAUAGAAAGCCAAAGAAAUCAUUGGAUAAGACCACAAGUCAUUCUGCUUUGAGACUUGUGAGGCAGAAAUCUGUAGAAGUAAGGUCCCUUGAAUCUUGUGAUACUGGGAAUGAAGAUGGCGUGGAUAGCCCUGAUGCUGACAAGCAGGUGUCCCAGUCCAUGAAUGCUGCAUACAAUUCUGCAACUGAAGUUUGUGAGCAAGAGUUUGAAAAUGUGUCAUCACAAAGUUACUGUUCGGAGAGUGAAGAUGAAGAAAUCUAUGUGAAUCAGGAGUUUGGCAAGGGAAGCUGCAGCACUGGCAAUGAAGGUAAACCUUUGGAAGAUUCCAGAAGUGUAUCCCCUACACAGGAAGACAGCCAGUGGACCAGUUUACCCCCUUCAAACACAAGAGCAGACAACCAGAGGAUGAGUUUAUCCCCGUCCAAAACACAGCCUGACAACAUGAGAAAAAGUGUGUCACCUUCAAGGUCAAGGACAGACAAUCAGUUGGGUUCAUCACCUGCGAGUUGUGUGCCUGACAAUCCAGUAUUUCACAAUGUAUUUCCAGCAUCAUCAACAAGCAGCCUCUCCUCAGGUGCUUCACACACCUUGGACUUGGAUGAUGAUGAAAUGAUCUACCAGAAUGUUGCCUUGGAGAAGACCACCUCCACAGCACCAUUGCUACACAUCACUUCAGAUCCUGAAAAACCUUACGAAAACCUCAGGAGAGGACAACCUUAUGUCACUGACACCCAAAAAGCCAGCAUCACACAACAAAUCUGAUGAGGUUGUAGUGGUCCUUCUGCCGGGACCAGAUUCAAACCACGCAGAAGAGCAGGAGCCUGGAACAAUGUCCAAAACACGAUCAACUAAAAUCAGUCAGAAACAUUCGUUUUCUGUAGAUGAAACUUCUAAAAUGCAAAGACCAACAAGAAAGCACCGUACCCGUAGUGAUGACACAGAUUUGCUGAUACCUCCCAACUCAAGCUCCGAGGAAGAUGUCUUGGAGAUGGUAAACAACAACUUGUAUGAAGGCAUAAACAACAGUCCAAGGGCAACACUCAACAAAGAACCUGCUGGUCAAAUGGUCAACCCUCAGACAAAACAGGUUCCUCUGAAGCAGCUACCUGGACCUGUUGCCAGUGUCAGAUCCUCCAAUGAAAAUCUUGGUAAUGACAGUGACGAUGAGCUGGUUAUGAUGGAGAAUGAUAUAUAUGAAUGCCUGAAGGGGGGAGUGCCAUUAUUCCCCUUCCCUCUUUCUACACAGAUCAGGAUGAAGGUUGAACACACUAAUCCUAAAAGUCCCUCGGAUGAAACUGAGACAUUUGCUAAAGAAAGGCCUUGAGCAGCACAGUAUUUCAUCUUCU